AUGGAGAGUCACAAGAAAACAUCCUCAAAAAACAAAGGAUACUAUGUUAAAAUGAAACUCAUGCACAACAAAUAUGAAGUUGCUAUCCACGAAGCUUUAUCAACAAGCAAUUAUCGAACUUUUGACCCUUACGACGCUGACUUUUUCUUCGUACCCGUUUACGUUUCUUGUAACUUCAGCACCGUUAAUGGCUUCCCUGCCAUCGGUCACGCACGUUCGUUAAUUUCUUCGGCAGUUCAUCUCAUCUCCUCUGAUUUCCCUUUCUGGAACCGAAGCAGAGGUUCCGACCAUGUUUUUGUAGCUUCCCAUGAUUUCGGUUCUUGUUUCCAUACCCUGGAGGACGUGGCUAUCAAAGAUGGUGUACCUGAAAUCAUGAAGAAAUCGAUUGUGUUACAAACUUUUGGCGUUACGUAUGAUCAUCCUUGUCAGAAGGUUGAACAUGUUGUGAUACCGCCGUUUGUUUCUCCGGGAAGUAUAUAUAACACGUUGAAGAAUUUUCCGGUGAACGGACGGCGAGAUAUUUGGGUUUUCUUCCGUGGAAAAAUGGAGGUUCAUCCUAAGAACGUUAGUGGAAGAUUUUACAGCAAGAAAGUGAGGACAGUGAUAUGGCAAAAGUUGAACGGUGACCGGAGGUUUUAUCUCCAGAGGCGUAGAUUUGCCGGUUACCAGUCAGAGAUUGCUCGUUCGGUGUUUUGCUUAUGUCCUUUGGGGUGGGCCCCGUGGAGUCCAAGGUUGGUUGAGUCUGUUGCUUUGGGUUGUGUGCCGGUUAUUAUAGCCGAUGGUAUUCGGUUACCGUUUCCCUCCUCCGUGAAGUGGUCGGAAAUUUCAGUUACGGUGGCGGAGAGGGAUGUUGGGAGGCUGGCGGAGAUAUUGGAAAACGUGGCAGCGAGUAAUCUUAGCGUCAUUCAGAGGAAGUUGUGGGACCCAUGGACAAGGAAAGCACUGCUUUUUAGUAGUAGGGUCCAGGAAGGAGAUGCCACGUGGCAGGUGUUACAUUCUUUGAGUGAGAAGCUGGGUAGGUCUUAUAGGAGUUCAAGGGUUUCACGCCAAUUAAAUUUUGACACGUAA